CUUGUUUAUUCCGCAGGCCUUGACGAGCACGGCUUGCUUCCUUCUACUGCCCCCUGAAUCUCAUCUGAAGCACACUGACAAUGAAACAGUUGUCCAACCCAAGCCAGUUCUGAAGCUCAUCUUUCGCUAAAUCCAGCACCAACCCAAUUUUCAAUUUCCAGAUCCGGGGCUGAAGAAGAUGGCACCACCCACGAAACUAUCUGGAAUUUGCUCUCUGCUGAUGGGUCUUCUCUUUGCCUACUCUGCAUCUGUUCAACUAGAUGAUCCAGAUUGGUACUUCUGGUUGCCUCUGUAUUCCUUUGCCUGCCUCGUGAACCUGGCGAGCCUGGUCUUCUUCGCGUCCAAACUGGUCCCAAGCAUUGGGAAGCUGGCGCUUUUGCUCGGGCUGUUUCUGUUCAUGAAGGUGGUGGUGGAGGACUAUAGGCACGAAAUCGCCGGUUUCUGGUCGCUGGACAUGAGGGAGAGAGUUGUGAGAGAGAAAUUCGGGAGCGGGCUGGUUGUGUUCUCCAUGUUUCUGCAUCUUCAAUCCACAUCCAAUGAAAAGGGUCUCUUUACGAGGAAGGAUGUAGGAGUUGCCAAACGUAUUGAACUUGGACAGAUGAUCUUGGUGGGCAUUGGUUACGGGCUGUCCUUGGUCUUCUUUGCAUUCCACAAGGACGAAAUGAAGUUUUGACUGAAUGAAUCUCGAAGGGAUCAUGUAAAAACCCAGAGAUGGUCAUAUUUGUGUCUUAUCAGUGUGAGCGCGAGAGAUCUUCAAUUUUCACUGUUUGAUAUGUAUCUACAACCUUCGGUUUGCAAGGGGAAGGAUUUGUAAUUCAUCUUCUGACAUGAAUGCCAGCACGAUCCAU